AUGGCCUCCUUCCAAUCCAAUCCUUUCCUCCUUUUCCUUCUCUCUUUGAUGGUCGUGGUGGCCUCAGCCUCUGGUGGUGAGUUCACACUGGGAAAAGAGAAGCCGACCCGUUCAACGAAAAAAGAGAAGCCGACCCGUUCACCAAAAAAAGAGAAGUCGACCCACCUCCACUUCUACAUGCAUGACAGCAAUGGCGGCCGUAAACCCACUGCCAUCCGGGUCGUGCAAGGGCCGCCGCUGAACUUGCCGGGGUCCAACUCCAACUUCGGAGAUGUUUUUGUGAUGGACGACCCACUGACAGAGGGGCCGAAGUCGACGUCGACGUCGAAGCUCGUCGGACGGGCCCAAGGCUUGCAUGUGUUUGCAUCCCGGGAUUCAGCUGACACAGCUUUGCUAUUGACAACCAACCUUGUGUUCACGGAGGGGAAGUACAAUGGAAGCACGCUUUCCAUACUGGCGAGGGAUGCUAUCUUUGCACCGGUGAGGGAGUUGCCGGUGGUCGGAGGGACUGGCGAGUUCCGUCUGGCUCGAGGCUAUGCUCUCCUGAGGGGGAAAGGCACCGGUGAGGGAGGUAAUGCUGUAUUGGAGUUGGAUGUUCAUGUUAUGCAUUAUUGAUGUGUACUGCUCGUUGUUCCCUCGUUAGUUUUCUUUGUUCUUGGAUUGAGUUCUCAUGUCAGAUUGUUCUUUAUGAUCGUUAGUGGUUUCGAAUAAAAA